UGCUUAAAUCUGCCGCAGGACGAACUAUUUAACACCAAUAGGCUCAACAGCCCUUCAAUCCCCACAAGCCGACUUGAAAGACUUCUAAGAGAACGUGAGCUGAGAAGAUCCAACAGAUCUUUCUACUUGAACGAGGAAUCGAGAGAAAGUAAUGGGGAUUUGGACUUAUUCGGGAACAUAAACGAACUGCAACUACGUAAUGGCGAGAGGGUUUCGCAAGAUGAAAAUUUACUAUCCGAAGGGAAUAAUAAUCCUUUAGCAAAUAAUUCGAUUGAUGUGUUGGAAAAACAGGACACUCAGGUACAGAAGCAGAGGUUACUCGUCGUGGCUAACCGUUUACCUGUUUCGGCUAUUAGGAAGAGUGAGGAUUCAUGGUCGCUCGAGAUUAGUGUUGGAGGUUUAGUUAGCGCACUUUUGGGUAUCAAUGAGUUUGAAGCUAGAUGGAUUGGAUGGGCUGGCGUGAAUGUUCCGGAUGAAAUCGGACAGAGGACACUAACCGAAGCUUUAGCUGAAAAGAGGUGUAUUCCCGUUUUCCUAGAUGAAGAGAUCGUUCACCAAUAUUACAAUGGGUAUUGUAACAACAUACUUUGGCCUCUUUUCCACUAUCUCGGCCUACCCCAAGAGGAUCGUCUGGCUACAACUCGAAGCUUCCAAUCUCAGUUUGCGGCUUAUAAGGAAGCGAACCAAAUGUUUGCUGACGUGGUAAACGAGCACUACAAAGAAGGUGAUGUGGUAUGGUGCCACGAUUAUCAUCUCAUGUUCUUACCAAAAUGCCUCAAAGACCACAACUCGAAGAUGAAAGUCGGCUGGUUUCUCCACACACCUUUCCCAUCCUCCGAGAUUCACCGAACCCUUCCCUCGAGAUCCGAGCUCUUGAGAUCUGUUCUUGCUGCAGAUUUAGUCGGGUUUUUUCCAAUCGGUAUAGAUUCAGAACGGUUUAUUCGGGCACUCGAUCUUCCACAAGUGAAAGAUCACAUUAGAGAGUUGAAAGAGAGAUUUGCAGGGAGGAAGGUAAUGGUUGGUGUUGAUCGUUUGGAUAUGAUCAAAGGAAUACCGCAAAAGAUUUUGGCAUUCGAAAAAUUCCUUGAAGAAAAUCCUAUAUGGCGUGACAAAGUGGUAUUAGUGCAAAUUGCUGUGCCAACUAGGACUGAUGUUCCGGAGUAUCAAAAGUUGUCAUCUCAAGUUCACGAAAUUGUUGGAAGGAUUAAUGGGAGAUUUGGAAGCCUUACGGCCGUUCCAAUACAUCAUUUAGACAGGUCCCUUGAUUUCCAUGCAUUAUGUGCUCUAUAUGCUGUCACUGAUGUGGCUCUGGUUACAUCAUUAAGGGAUGGAAUGAAUCUCGUGAGCUAUGAAUUCGUGGCAUGCCAAGCUUCCAAAAAAGGGGUCCUCAUUCUAAGUGAGUUUGCAGGUGCAGCACAAUCUCUCGGUGCAGGGGCAAUAUUGGUAAAUCCUUGGAAUGUUACAGAAGUAGCUGCUUCGAUUGGUUAUGCUCUAACUAUGCCAGCUGAUGAGAGAGAAAAACGACAUCAGCACAAUUUCACUCACGUUACUACUCACACAUCCCAAGAAUGGGCCGAGACUUUCGUAAGUGAGCUCAAUGACACUGUUGUGGAGGCACAACUAAGGACUCGGCAAAUUCCACCUCCACUUCCUAAACAAGAAGCAAUCGAGCGUUAUUUGUGUUCAAAUAAUCGCUUACUUAUUCUGGGAUUUAAUGCAACUCUAACCGGGCCAGUUGACACACAAGAGAGAAGAAUCGACCAAUUUAAAGAAAUGGAUCUUAAAUUACAUCCCGAUCUUAAAGAACCUCUAAAGAAAUUGUGUGACGACCCAAAAACCACGAUUAUCAUCCUUAGUGGCAGCGAUAGAAAUGUUCUCGAUGAGAACUUUGGAGAGUAUAAUCUAUGGUUAGCGGCGGAGCACGGGAUGUUCCUGCGCCGCACAACGGGUAAUUGGAUGACCACAAUGCCAGAGAAUCUCAACAUGGAUUGGGUCGACAGUGUAAAGCAUGUGUUUGAGUACUUUACCGAGCGGACCCCACGAUCUCAUUUCGAGCUUCGUGAGACCUCACUUCUUCAAUCGAAGGAUCUGCUACAGCACCUGUGGACUGGCCCAAUUUCAAAUGCUUCGGUUGAUGUCGUACAAGGAGCACGAUCGGUUGAAGUUCGAGCAGUUGGAGUUACCAAAGGUGCUGCAAUCGACAGAAUCCUAGGAGAAAUUGUUCACCACUGUGAUGUGAAAGCUCCAAUUGAUUAUGUUUUGUGCAUCGGACAUUUUCUAACUAAGGAUGAAGAUAUAUACACAUUCUUCGAGCCAGAGCUUCCUAUGGGCCCACCAGCACCCACUGCUAGAGCCAAGGUAGCAAACUCUCCAAACAGAUCCACCAUGAGCCCAACUGGGCUUGGCCCAUGCCGCAAGGCUCCUCGCAUGAUCCAAAGCCUGGAUAGGAAGUCCAAUAGUACUACUGUUAUGGGGAAUGGGAAUUGGUGGUCUCAGAUGCGUGAGAGAAUGACAAUGCACGAAGGGUCCUCGGUUCUUGACCUAAAAGGGGAGAACUAUUUUUCGUGCGCGGUCGGAAGGAAACGGUCGAGCGCAAGGUAUCUCAUGGGCUCGUCGGCUGAUGUUUUGUCGUUGUUGAAGGAGCUUGCUAGUGUCACCAUUUUGUAU